GACACUCGUGGAAACUGUCACUCUUAUCAACAGUCAACGGCCGGACCGCGUGCUUGAGCAAGGGAGAACAAAGAGACGGAGAGACAAAAAGAAGAAUUGGACAACGCCCAUCGUCGUCCAGAGUGAAGUCCCUACCACGUCCCCGACCGCGCGUGCAUGUUGGAUCAAACAAAACCUGUUUUCGCGGAGUAGCCUACUAUCGUACUAUCCCCAGCAGAACCCGCAGCCUUCUCCUCUUGAAAUGUGCUGCCUGGACGGAGCAAGGUUAUUGCUGCAGCUUUGCCGCGCCGCGGAAGCGCAUCACCCAACGGAGCGCCGCGCUACGUGAACGAUCCUCUCGCGUGGAAUUCCUCUCCCUUGCCGGCGCACAAGUGUGUGGUGUCUGGUUACAAAGUUAUUGCGACACUUAUAUACCGAAGCCGCUGACGGCUUUGUUAACUCAGCCCCGUCUGAAGAAGAAAAGCUCGAGUUUACGCCGUGUUUGUUUGGACAAAUGUCGAACGGAACGGCAUCCAGCCGCGACGCAGUGAGGUACGCCCCGGCUGCCUUUGACGAGGCCGACGCCGACAGUCAUCCGUACGGAGAGCCACACAAAUUCGAUCCAGAAUUCAAGGGACCACUCAAGAACAGGAGUUGCACGGACAUCAUCUGCCUGUUCCUGUUUGUAUUCUUCCUCGUCGGCUGGGGCAUUGUGGCCUUUUUUGCCUACAGAAAUGGGAAUCCCGAGAGGCUCAUCUAUCCCACGGACAGCCAGGGAAACAUCUGUGGGAAGGCGCCGUUCGAGGACAAAAAGUACCUUUACUUUUUUGACAUCACCAAGUGCUUGCAAAGGGCCUACAAGCCUGGCGAUCUGCUUCCGUCACUCAUUUGUAACACACCUCAGGUGUGCGUAGAACGCUGUCCAAAUGAAACAUUUUCUGUCGAUAAUGCCAAAGGUAACAAGGAUGAAUUGCGAUCGAAGCUCAUCUGCCAGUACGGAGUCGAUCCUUUGGACAAGUCUGUAACGGUUGAUGACCUCGUCAACAAGGACCAGCGCUGUGCUAAGUAUUACCUCAAAAGCAGCAGCGUUGCAAGGAGGUGCCUGCCAGGACGCCUGGUCAAGGAGGGGGACCAGCUGAAAGACGAACUCAACGGUGGCGUCAUUGCUGCUUUUUCGGCCAGCGGGAUUUCGAAGAACACAAAGGUUUUGGCCGGAUUGUCCAGUGCGAAGGAUGCCGGCGAGCUGGCCUUCCAAGACUUCAAGACUGCAUGGCCGCUCAUGCUCAUUGGACUGCUGGCUGCCAUGGUAGUUGCCUUCCUGUGGAUUGUUCUCAUGCGCUGGCUGGCCACCAUCAUGGUUUGGCUGAGCAUCCUCUGCCUGAUUGUGCUGUUCUCCUUUGGCUCAUACUACAGCUUCAGCAAGUACGUGGAGCUGAGGAAGGGCUCGGACAGCAGUGGAGGCAAUCUCGUGCAGGACUUUGACGUCUCGAUCUCCUUCACCCAGAACCUGCGUGCCUACACGGCAAACAAAAACACCUGGCUCUUCCUGGGCAUCGUCUCGGCAGUCAUUUUGCUCAUUCUACUCAUUCUCCUGAUUUUCCUGCGGAAGCGGAUUGUCAUUGCAAUUGCUCUGAUCAAGGAAGCCAGCAGGGCCGUGGCACUGAUGCCAUCUGCUCUGUUCUUCCCACUGCUUCCCUAUCUGCUUCACCUGCUGCUAUUUGUUUUCUGGGGAUCCGUGGCUGUGUACCUCGCGUCUAGCGGCAAGGCGGACUACAAGUACAUGAACAUGACUGCUGGAAAUGAAUCCAUGACCACCAAGGACUGCACCUUCGAGGAUGUGAACAAGACGAGCACGAUCGAUGGACUCAAGUGCCAGUUUGCGCAGUACAUCACGAACCAGCACCUGUCGAGGGCGCAGAUCUACAACGUCAUCGGCCUCAUCUGGGGCAUGUUCUUCAUCGUGGGGCUGGGACAGGUGGCACUGGCGGCCGCCUUCGCCUCCUACUACUGGGCCUUCCGCAAGCCGCAGGACGUGCCUUUCUUCGCCGUGCUCAACGGACUCUGCCUCACCCUCAGGUAUCAUCUGGGUUCUGUUGCUUUUGGCUCCCUGAUUCUGACUAUUGUGAGGUGCAUACGGAUUGUGCUCGAAUAUGUGGACGCCAAGCUGAAGAAAUAUGACAACCAGUUCACAAAAUGCCUGCUCAGAUGUUGCAAGUGCUGCUUUUGGUGCUUGGAAAAAUUCCUCAAGUUCAUCAACAAAAAUGCAUACAUCAUGAUCGCCAUCUACGGGAAGAACUUCUGCACCUCUGCCAAGGAGGCGUUUAAGUUGCUCAUGCGCAACGUGGUGCGGGUGGUCGUGCUCGACAAGGUCACUGACCUGCUGCUCCUCGUUGGCAAGCUCGUCAUCGUCGGCAUUGUCGCCAUUCCCACCUUCUUUGUGUUCACUCGCAAGGUUGACUUUCUGAAUGGACACGUCCCUGAGCUUAACUACUACAUGCUGCCUGUUCUGACGAUUUCAGUGGGUGCCUACAUCAUUGCUUCGAGCUUUUUCAGCGUCUACGGGAUGGCAGUGGACACGCUGUUCCUUUGUUUCCUGGAAGACUGUGAGCGACACGACGGCUCGGAAGAGAAGCCGUACUUCAUGUCCAAGGAGCUCAUGAAGAUUCUCGACAAGAAGAACAAGUUCCAGGACACGACCAACAAAUGAGAGGACCAACAUUUGAGCGUUCCUGCAUUUGUUUGUUUGAAUUGUGUUGCGCACGUGAACUACGUCCACGGCAGGUGACAGAGUUUUCUCACGCGACUGCCGACUCCGAAGGUAUCCAUCAGCUGUUCUCAAUUUACCCUUUUCAUUUUUGUUUUUGGAAUACCUGUGGAAAACACCCGUAUAUACUACAUUCAUUUGCUGGAACGCGUGUGGCCACGAAUGUAUGUUUGGUUGUGUGCCCGUGUCAAUGAUCUUCCGAGUUUUAUGAAUGGAUAAGAGCAGCUUUUUUGUGUUAUCCACAUUGUUGGCUCCCUUCUUUUUUACUUCUUAGAAGAGCCAGGCCAGUUUGUGCUCUCGAAGCAAAGUUCUGUCCCGUGCAACUUUUACCCCCCCAGAGAAUUGUGGCAUUAGUUGUAUCUUGGUAACAUGUACUUCGGUCCUCACUGCCUUCUUAUUAUUUUUGAGUCUGUUUAUAUCAUCGUCAUUUAAGGAAAUGCCAAAGUUCACCGUUCGAAUAAAGUGCAAAGCCUCGCUGUGCUUUAUUUCUUGCCCGA